AGAAGAAGGAGGAGCGGAGCCGGGGACCGAAGGGAGGGGGCCGGCCCGCCCCCGCCCAGCCCAGCCCAGCCCAGUCCGCUGGAGGCCGAGGCCAGCCGGGCCGCCCUGCCCGCGCCUUCCGCUUCACCUACGCCCAAGGUGCGGCGCGGAGGCCGGGCUGCGGAGGCGCCCGCCCGGGGAGGAGCCGCGGGGAGGAGCCGGCGCCGCAGCCGCCCGGCGCUGGGGCCCUGGAGCUGCGAGCCGAGCCGGCGGCAUGUAGCAGCGGCCGUGGAGGCAGCUCGGAUUUGCAACUCUUGGGAUUUUCCUUUGGUCCUGCGGGCGCGCGGCAACCUUGGAUCCACGCCCCGCCGCUCCGGCCCACUCCUCCCCUGCAAGCUGCAGUUCCCUCUUGGAAACAUUGAGGGGUUCGGGGAAGCGCGCGGGGCCGUCAGUCAGCUUGGGACCCGCGAUCCCCCCGCGCCCAGAGGGCAACCAUGACCGACGACAGCUCCGAUGUCCCCCGGGAGUUGAUGGAAAGCAUAAGGGAUGUUAUUGGCAGAAAGAUCAAAAUCUCAGUGAAGAAGAAAGUAAAGUUGGAAGUGAAGGGGGACCGAGUGGAGAACAAAGUGCUGGCGCUCACGUCAUGCAGAGCCUUCCUCCUGUCGGCACGCAUCCCUACGAAGCUCGAGUUAACCUUCAGCUACCUGGAGAUUCAUGGUCUUACCUGCCACAAGCCAGCCCAGAUGGUUGUGGAGACAGAGAAGUGCUGCAUUUCCAUGAAGAUGGCUUCCUCUGACGACGUGAGCGAUGUGCUGGCUCACAUCGGUACCUGCCUGCGGAGGAUAUUCCCAGGUCUCUCUCCACUGAGAGUCAUGAAGAAAGUUUCCGUGGAACCAUCUGAGCGUCUGGCCAGCCUUCAGGCCCUGUGGGAUAGCCAGACCGUGCCUGAGCCUGGCCCUUGUGGUGGGUUCUCUCACAUGUAUGCGUGCAUGUGUGACUGGCUGGGCUUUUCAUACAGGGAAGAAGUACAGUGGGAUGUGGAUACAAUUUAUCUGACACAAGACACCAGGGAACUGAACUUACAGGACUUCAGUCAUCUGGAGCACAGAGACCUGAUCCCCAUCAUCGCCACGCUGGAAUAUAACCAGUGGUUCACCAAGCUGUCCUCCAAGGAUCUCAAGCUGUCCACCGAUGUCUGUGAGCAGAUCUUGAGGGUGGUGAGCAGGUCCAGUCGGCUAGAAGAACUGGUGUUGGAAAAUGCUGGACUUAGAACAGAUUUUGCACUAAAACUGGCCAGUGCUCUAGCGCAUAAUCCCAACUCAGGACUCCACACGAUCAACCUUGCUGGGAACCCGCUGGAGGACCGAGGUGUGUCCUCAUUAAGUGUUCAAUUUGCCAAACUCCCAAAAGGACUGAAGCACCUAACCCUCUCCAAGACCUCGCUGUCCCCUAAAGGGGUGAAUAGCCUUUCUCAGUCCCUCAGUGCCAACCCUCUGACUGCCUCCACCCUCACCCACCUGGAGCUCUCAGGGAACACCCUCCGUGGAGAUGAACUCUCGCACAUGUACAGUUUCUUGGCCCAGCCCAACGCCAUCGUCCACCUGGAUUUAUCCAACACGGAGUGCCCUCUGGAUAUGGUGAGCGGCGCUCUUCUCCGGGGUUGCCUUCGGUGCUUAGCUGUGCUCAACCUCUCCAGAACAGUCUUCUGUCACCGGAAGGGGAAGGAGGUGCCCCCGACUUUCAAGCACUUCUUCAGCAGCUCCCUGGCUUUGGCGCACAUCAGCCUUUCUGGCACGAAGCUGUCUCCUGAGCCCUUAAAGGCUCUGCUGUUGGGCCUGGCCUGCAAUCAUAGCUUGAAGGGAGUCUCACUUGACCUCAGCAGCUGUGAGCUGAGGUCAGCAGGAGCUCAAGUGUUAGAAGGUUGCAUCGCGGAGAUCCACAACAUCACCAGCUUGGACAUCUCUGACAACGGUUUAGAAUCUGACCUAUCUACCCUAAUAGUGUGGCUCAGUAAAAACAGAUCAAUCCAGCACCUGGCAUUAGGCAAAAAUUUUAAUAAUAUGAAAACCAAAAACCUGACACCUAUAUUAGACAGCUUAGUACAGAUGAUUCAAGAUGAAGACUCGCCUCUGCAGUCCCUGUCUCUGGCUGACUCAAAACUCAAGGCCGAGGUCACCAUCAUCAUCAAUGCCCUGGGCAGCAACACCUCCUUGACCAAAGUGGACAUCAGCGGGAACAACAUGGGGGACAUGGGAGCAAAAAUGCUGGCCAAAGCUCUGCAGAUCAACACCAAGCUCAGGACGGUCAUCUGGGACAAAAACAACAUCACUGCACAAGGCUUUCAAGAUAUAGCCAUUGCUAUGGAAAAGAACUACACGUUGAGAUUUAUGCCCAUCCCUAUGUACGAUGCCUCCCAAGCUCUUAAAACAAACCCCGAAAAAACGGAAGAGGCUCUGCAAAAGAUAGAAAAUUAUCUGCUCCGGAAUCAUGAGACUAGAAAAUACCUUCAGGAACAAGCCUACCGCCUCCAGCAGGGCAUCGUCACCAGCACCACCCAGCAGAUGAUCGACCGAGUGUGUGUCAAAGUUCAAGACCACCUCAACUCCUUACGCAACUGUGGGGGAGGCGCCAUUCAGGAGGACUUGAAGUCUGCAGAGAGGCUCAUGCGUGACGCUAAGAACUCUAAAACGUUGUUACCAAAUCUAUACCACGUGGGCGGUGCAUCCUGGGCAGGAGCCAGCGGCCUGUCGUCCAGUCCCAUUCAGGAGACCCUAGAAUCGAUGGCAGGAGAAGUCACGAGAGUUGUUGAUGAACAACUAAAGGGCUUGCUAGAAUCCAUGGUCGAUGUUGCUGAGAACCUCUGCCCCAACGUGAUGAAAAAAGCUCACCUCCGACAAGACUUGAUCCACGCCAGCACUGAAAAGAUUUCUGUCCCGCGUACCUUUGUUAAAAAUGUCCUGUUGGAGCAGUCUGGAAUUGACAUCAUUAACAAAAUUAGUGAGGUGAAGCUGACAGUGGCCUCAUUCCUGUCCGACCGCAUUGUGGACGAGAUCCUAGAGGCGCUCUCCCUCAGCCACCGCAAGCUGGCUGACCACUUCAGCAAGCAAAGUGGAAGCCAUCCCAAGCAGGGGUCCCUGGAGAUGGAGCUGGUGGAGGAGAAGCCGGUGAAACGAUCAGUCCUCACGGUGGAGGAGCUCACCGAGGUGGAGCGUUUGGAAGACCUGGAUACCUGCAUGAUGACUCCCAGGUCCAAGAGGAAGAGCAUCCACAGCCGAAUGCUACGGCCGGUCUCUAGGGCCUUUGAAAUGGAGUUUGACCUUGAUAAAGCCCUGGAAGAGGUGCCAAUUCACAUCGAAGACCCACCUUUCCCAUCGGUCCGGCAGGAAAAGCGUGGCUCAGGGUUGAUCUCCGAGCUGCCCUCUGAAGAGGGCAAGAAGCUAGAACACUUCACCAAGCUGAGGCCAAAACGGAACAAGAAGCAGCAGCCCACACAGGCAGCGGUCUGUGCCAGCAGCAUUGUCCCCCAUGAUGGAGAACAAAAUGGGCUCAUGGGCAGAGUGGAUGAAGGUGUAGAUGAAUUUUUCACCAAGAAAGUGACCAAAAUGGAUUGCAAGAGGUCAUCCACGCGGGGCUCAGAUGCCCACGAGCUGGGCGAAGGAGAAGAGAAGAAAAAACGGGAUUCCCGGAGGAGCGGCUUUCUCAACCUUAUCAAAUCUCGGUCCAGACCUGAGCGGCCACCCACAGUCCUGAUGUCGGAAGAGCCCUCGGCACCCAAGGGAUCCAUCCGGAGCCCAGCCGUGGACACCGCCAGGAAGGACACGAAGGCGGCCGAGCACAACGGCGCCUCAGAGCGCGCGGAGGAGCCCAGGACGCCCGAGCCCCCCGAGGAGGGACCCUGGGAGGACGCGGCCAGGCCGGAGCGCGGGGACAGCAGGGCCAGCCCGCAGGCCGGCCGGCGCUACGUGCAGGUGAUGGGCAGCGGGCUGCUGGCCGAGAUGAAGGCGAAGCAGGAGCGCAGAGCCGCCUGCGCGCAGAAGAAGCUUGGCAGUGACAGCAGCCCCCAGGAUUCCUCCAGCCCAGUCUUGAGCAGCACGGAAAGGUUGGAUGGAGGCAUAGCAGUGCCUAAGCUGCACCCCGGUCUUCCAGAAACCCGCUUUGGUUUGGGCACUCCAGAAAAGAACACCAAAGCGGACCCCAGAGUAGAUGGGGGCAGCAGGGCUCGCAGCGCCUCCAGCAUGCCCAGCAGCCCGAAGCCCCUCCUGCAGUCCCCCAAGCCCAGUCCAGCAGCCCGGCCCUCUAUCCCACAGAAGCCAAGAACCACCUCCCGACCUGAAGAUACCCCAGACUCUCCAUCUGGUCCUAGUUCCCCCAAAGUUGCUCUCCUUCCACCCAUCCUGAAAAAAGUUCCCUCUGACAAGGAGCGCGAUGGCCAGAACAGCCCCCAGCCCAGUCCCAGGAACUACUCCCAGGAAGUAGUGCAAAGAGGAGAUUAUUUCAAAAGGCAUUCAGAUCAUGACAGUGGCAAGCCUUCCAGUAGAGGGAAAAGAUCUUCAAAACUUCACUCCACCAUUGCGGAAGAGGAAGUGGAUGCACCCGAGUACAGGAUGUCACAGCCAACGAAUGUCUCGAGGAGGAGCUGGGGCCAGUCGGCCCAGGAGCAUCAAGAACAAAAGCCGCGGUCCUCCAGUAAAGACAGUCGCCAGGGAAGCAAGUCCAGCGACUCCGGGGAAGAGGCAGAAAAAGACUUCAUUUUCGUGUGACAGCGCCCACCCCAAGCCUUCCCGUGCAGGGUGCCCUCCACCCGCGGAGGGGCCGGCGCUGUCUUCCCUUCCCUUUCCUUGGUGCCCGCUCCCUUCUGCUCUCUUUUCCUCUUUAGAAAAAUCUAUGAAAUUCCACUCCUUGGUUAUCAAAGCACAUUUCUAGUCUUCCUGGAUCCUCAGCAUUUUAUUUUUAAACAUUGUUUCUUACGCCUUUAAAGAAAAGCCAGCAGAUACUCCGUGGGUCCUACUUGAAUUUCUCUGAGGCAGCUACAUAUUGCCCUGCAUGGUGAGUUUUUGGAAAUUAAUGAAGUAACUGGACCCAUGCCCAAGUCACUCUGUCCAGGAGACCCUGGUACUGCAGGGCAUGUCUGUGUCAGACCCGGACAUGACUCGAUAGAGCAAUUUAUUCCUGAUAUACACAAUUGCACAUUGUAAUUAUAUUAACAGAGCACACUAAUAAAUUUGUAUAAAUUAUAUAUUAUUAGAUCUUGGGUAUUGUUCUUACAUUCUCCCAUGGGGGACUUGCUGAUGUAGAGUUGUACAUUUAAAACUCGGUUGGUGACCUUCCAUCAGUAAGCUCAACCGAAAACCAAGAGAUGCCCAGAUUCGUGUAUAUAGUGGAGGAGAAUAAGGUUUUAUGAAUAUUCAUGUUCUCAAAGGCUUUUAAUUUCUGUCUGCAUAUUAGCUUUUAAUGUGUGGUUUUAAGAGAGAAUACUUUGACACCUGUAAAAAUCUAAAUACUACUCUUUAUAAGAUAUCACACAAAUAUUCACCUACAUUGCAGGCUAAAAGUAUUUUAUUCCUGUGUAUAUUUAUACCAAUAAAAUGAUUUUACAAGUG